ACACCUUCCUCUCCCACCCUCCCAAUAUCUCUCUUCACUCUCAUUUCCUUCUCUCCACCAACAUCAACAACCUCUCUCUCUCAUCUCAUAUAUAUAUAUACUCACACACACACACACUCAUACAGAUGUGGUGUAUCUGUACAGUGGCAAAAAGGAAAGCAUGGUUGACCAACGCUUCUCAUACUUGACAUGCUCCAAUUCCACUCCCCAAAUUCCAUCUCAUUUCCCUGACGCCGCCGGCAAACCACCACCACCACCCAUGGAGUUCAGCGGCGGCGGCGGCGGCUCCAGCGGCGGCGACGACCACGACCACCCCGACUCCCACCGCGGCAAGAAGCGCUACCACCGCCACACGGCCCACCAAAUCCAGAGACUUGAAUCGAUGUUCAAAGAGUGUCCUCAUCCAGAUGAGAAGACGAGGAAUCAGUUGAGCAGGGAGUUGAAUUUGCAUCCUCGGCAGAUCAAAUUCUGGUUCCAAAACAGAAGAACUCAGAUGAAGGCACAACACGAGAGAGCGGAUAACUCUGCGUUGAGAGCAGAAAACGAUAAGAUUAGAUGUGAAAACAUAGCAAUCAGAGAGGCCCUCAAGAAUGUGAUCUGCCCUAGCUGUGGGAGCUCCCCUGCUUCCGAGGAUCCGUAUUUCGACGAGCAGAAACUGCGAAUCGAAAACGCACAUUUGAAAGAGGAGUUAGACAGAGUUUCUAGUGUUGCUGCAAAGUACAUAGGCAGGCCUAUUUCGCAGCUGCCACCGGUGCAACCGAUUCAUAUCUCUUCACUAGAUUUAUCCAUGGCUAGUUUUGGGGGUCAUGGGAAUAUUGCAGGCCCUUCUCUUGAUCUUGAUCUUGAUCUUCUCCGUGGGAGUUCGUCGUCUCUGCCCUUCCCACAGCUGACCAUUUCUGACAUGGAUAAGUCCCUGAUGGCUGACAUUGCAGCCAAUGCCAUGGAUGAGCUGAUUAGGCUCUUGCAGAGCAACGAGCCGUUGUGGAUCAAGGGUGGUGAUGGGAGGGAGACUCUCAACCUCGAGAGCUACGAGAAGGUCUUCCAGAGCCCUUACAGCCACAUGAAGAAUCCCAAUAUUCGGAUUGAGGCCUCGAGGGAUUCUGGUGUCGUGAUCAUGAACAGUUUGGCAUUAGUCGACAUGUUUAUGGACGCGAAAAAAUGGGUGGAAUUGUUUCCUACAAUUGUGUCAAGAGCUAAAACUAUUGAGGUGAUAUCAUCUGGAAUGCUUGGGAGUCAGAGUGGCACAUUGCAACUGAUGUAUGAAGAAGUGCAAGUUCUUUCAGCCUUGGUUCCAACAAGGCAGCUGUACUUGCUCAGAUUCUGUCAGCAGAUUGAGCAAGGCUCCUGGGCAGUAGUCGAUGUAUCCUAUGACGUUCCUCAUCAAGACGGCCAGUUCUCGUCCCCCUGCAAAGCGCAGAGGCUCCCCUCUGGUUGCUUGAUCCAAGAGAUGCCUAAUGGCUACUCCGAGGUAACUUGGGUUGAGCAUUGGGAGGUGGAAGAGAAGGCACCAAUUCACAGGCUUUACAGAGACCUAAUCCACAGUGGAUUAGCCUUUGGUGCAGAGAGAUGGCUGUCGACUCUUCAAAGGGCGUGCGAGAGAUUCGCUUGCUUGAUGGUGUCUGGGAACUCGGCUCGUGAUCUUGGAGGAGUGAUACCGUCGCCCGAGGGGAAAAGAAGCAUGAUGAAGCUUGCACAAAGAAUGGUUAAUAACUUUUGUGCAAGCAUCAACCCUGCCAAUGGCCAGCAAUGGACCACACUUUCUGGCCUCAACGAGUUUGAGGUCCGAGCAACGCUGCACAAGAGCUCCGAUCCUGGCCAGCCGAGUGGUGUUGUGCUCAGUGCAGCCGCCACCAUCUGGCUUCCCCUGCCUCCUACUAGUGUCUUCAACUUCUUCAGGGAUGAGAGAACUAGGCCUCAGUGGGAUGUGCUUUCAAAUCAGAAUCCAGUUCAAGAAGUUGCCCACAUUGUGAAUGGCUCUCAUCCAGGAAACUGCAUAUCUGUGCUAAGGGCUUUCAACACGAGCCAGAACAACAUGCUGAUCCUCCAAGAGAGCUGCGUGGAUUCAUCGGGCUCACUCGUGGUGUACUGCCCGGUGGAUCUACCGGCCAUCAACAUGGCCAUGAGCGGGGAGGACCCGUCCUACUUCCCCUUGCUGCCAUCCGGGUUCACUAUCUCCCCGGAUGGCAGGGCCCAGGACGGGGGCGGUGGCGCGUCCACCAGCAUUGGUGGCUCGUCCGGGUCGCUCAUCACGGUCGUGUUUCAAAUCCUAGUCAGCAACUUGCCCUCGGCACGCCUCAGCCCGGAGUCGGUCACCACAGUCAACAACCUCAUUGGCAACACCAUCCACCAAAUCAAGGCUGCCUUGAAUUGCUCCACUACUUGCUGAUUGGUGCCACGUCAUAGCCCCUGCCCCCGCCACGCUGGCAGCAAUGUGCCCACGUCAGCAUUGGCGGGGUGGGGGCUGGCAUUGAAUGGGGGGAGGGGGGGGCUAUCUAUCUGUGGUUAGUUGGGGGGUGUUAAUGCACUGAACAUGGCCCGUUGCUGCAAUGUACGCUCCCCGUUGCUGUUGUUGCUGUUGUUGUUGUUUGCUGCUGUCGAGCGUCUCCCAACAGGGGGCUCGGCUACACGUCCCCCCUUCUCGUGGGGCGCUGUCUCGUAUUCAACCAUGAUUAGUUUGGUCGGAAAGGGGUAGUCAAGAACGCACCAUCGCGCGUUUUUCUUGCUGAGCUGGCUGAAAAAGGCGACCGCGAGGGUGCCCUCGCGGUCGCCUUUUUUAGGCAAAGACAGAGCAAGAAACACUGUAUGGUUCGGGUAUUGACUUUCUGUUGAUUUGAUGAACUGAAUUUCGUUAUAUGGGAAUUGUUGUCUAAGGAUGGAUGGAUUGAAUUUGUUUGUUUGUCUGAAUUUUGCAUUCAUUCAUGAUUCAUCCAUCUCUUUGAUGCUAGUUAAUGUUGUUUCAAUACAUCAUGUGUGGUCCAAUGUGGAAAUAAAUACUUCAUCAGAGCUUAGCCUUUAAUUCAAAGUC